CCUGCUUUGCUCCAAAUGAUAUUCAGUAUCUCACAAGAUUUAGUACAAUUAUAACGCAACAAAAUGUACAAAUUCUUUAUUUUCUUUGCACUUAUGGCAGCAGCUUUCUCACUACCAUACCCACUAGUAGAAGACGAGGAUGGAGAGCAGUACCAUCUAGUACCAUUAAGCAGAGUGAGAAGGCAACAAACCGACUACCGACUAGACUCCAAAGGCAACCUCUUCCUAGGACACAAAGGUACGAUUCUGGACAACCAAAACCAUCGUCUAGAUGGGCAAGGGUAUGUCGUUAAAAACGUAAAAGGGCAUGGUCUAAGUCCUGAUGCCCAUGGUGGAGCUCUGGACUACCUUAAUAAACCUACGGGGUUAAAUUUGGGGGUGUCAGCCAACCAUGUCAGGCAUGGUGGUACCAAGGUGGGUGCCACUGGGGGAUGGAACUUUAUACAAAGGAAAGAUGCCGAAGUGGGGAUUUCUGGAAGGUACGAUAGAGUUUCGGGAGGUCCAGGCCCCAGCAGGGAAGACUAUGGGGUGUUUUUAGGUGGAAAGGUUAGAUUUUAAGGUGUACGUAAAUUAUUUUAUAUUUUUAUAAUGAAAAUAAAAGUGAAAUUAAAUUUU